AUGCAAUCCAUCCAGAACGCCGCCAGCCAAGCUGCUAGUGUAGCUGCCGAUCUCGCUUCCCAAGCUACCACCCAAGUGUCCAGCUUGGCGGGUCAAGCGGCGGAAGCGACGGGACUAGGUGUAGGUGGUCAUUCCCAUGCUGAAGAACACCUUCAUCGUUCUACUCUCCCACCCGAUUCGCAAGCCACGCCCGUGAAGAAGAUGGACACCGAAGGAUUGGCAGUGUUUGAAGGCAAGCACGUCAGGCAUGAUGUCUUGGUCAAGAUCAAUCAACUUGCCAUCGAUGACAAGCGACACGGUCUGAAAGAACUCGCCUCGCUUGACCUCGUCACUGAUGAAGGCAAAAAGGGUAUCGACUACUACCAUCCUUUGCGAUAUUUUACCGUUCAGCGACCUAUGGGCGAAGACUUCAUUGGCGAAGUAGAGCUCGAGGCAGGGAGAUGUAUUCACAUUCGGUGCCACAAGGCCAGUCCAACCACCGAAGCUACCUUCCAUUCCAUCGAUACUCGACCCUCCGAGGAGGGUGGAGCGAUCUUCACAACUGGAGAGCCUCUUGGAUGGUUUGAUUACUAG